UAUCAGCUGAUCCCAGUAUAUGCAUGCUGACAACAAUGACCGAUGGUAUGGAGCACUAGAAGUUUUUAAAUGCUCCAAAAUAGUCAUUCGAGUUGAAAUGAUGUUGAAUGUUAAUUGUGAGAGGGAACGGUUGAGUGAUACCUUUUCCCCGAGUGGAGAUAAUUUUCGGGGGAAUGUGUGUGUCGAAACUAGAGUGAAUAAUGCAAAUAAUACUCGACAAUUGAAUUACAAGAAUGUUGGGAGUAGUGUGGAGAGACCCUUCGUGUGUCUGGAAUGUGAUAUGAGUUUUGAGCGAGCCUCUCAGCUCGACUACCACCAGCGGAGUGUCCACCUGGGUGAGAAGACUCAGAUAUGCCAGAUCUGUGGGAAACGGUUCUUCAGAAAGGCUGAUUUGAAUACUCAUCUGAAUAUACACCUGGGGACCAAUCAAUCUGUUUGUAAUAUUUGCGGGCGGAAGUUCAAUCAUGUGUCAAAUUUAAUUAGACACUCUAGAGUUCAUGCAGGAAUGAAGCCAUACCCGUGCUCAAUAUGUGGCAAAAGAUUUACCCAGAUAAGCUCAGUAGUCAGGCACAAACGGAUUCAUGAAAAAAAAUCGAAUAGUGUCACUGGAAAAGAUGAGGAUACUGGAGUGAGGAAAUUGAUAAAGCGUAGACAUUAUUGCAAAAUAUGUGGGGAUACUUUUCCCUUCAUCGUUCUCCUGCGACAGCAUGAGAGAAGGCAUUUUGGAGCUGACGGAAGCGUCGAGUGCGAACGAUGCAAACUGCAAUUUGGGACGCAAUCACUACUCCGGGAUCACAAAUGCAGCCUGCCUGCCCCCCACGACGAAAAAACUGACCCCUCCACCAACCGAUUAGUCCAUGUGGACCUGGGCCAGCAAUUGUUCGAGUUAGAAAUCGACUACUUAUCCCAAAAAGACCUGGACCAAUCACGAAGCGUGAGUUCUCUCGACGAGUCCGUGGAAGUUUGUUUAAUAAACAAAGAUUUAAUCGAGCCCUUGGACCUGCAGAGUCUAGGCGAUCUGCACAGUUCCUUCAAUCUGUCAGGAUCAACUAAUCCUCCGAACGAGACUCAGAGAUUUCCCGAGGAUUCUGACCUCGAGCAAGUGAAACCCUCGGACUUUCUGACAACUUUCGAGGAAAUCAUAGGAUACCAUGAGAACCAGACCCCAGGGGUGCGACUGGUGCAGCAUGAGGAGGGAGACCAGUUCUUCGAGCUCGUCAGAGACCCUCUGACGUACCUCGGAGACAGCAAAAGCUACGAUAGAACGCAGGAAACUGACGAUUCGAACAGCAAUGGUAUCGAGAAUAUCCAGGACCUGGCAAACGAUAAAGUCACGACCAAGAAGAGAACCAGAAAGAAAUCGUCGAGUGAUAAGAGUAGAAGUCAAGAGCAGAAGUACGAGUGUACGAUCUGCAAGAAAAAAUUCUCGACAGCGUCGAACCUGAAGCAGCACACGGGCACCCACUUCCUGGAUCAACAGAAGUUCCACUGCAAAGAAUGUGGAAUGUCAUUCGCCUGGAAGUCAACUCUGAAUAAACAUCUGGCGAGCAACCACAGGCCUGAUGGACCCCAGAAAUUCGUCUGUGAGAUCUGUCCCAGGGUCUACUCGACACUCUCUCAAGUCAAUGAACAUGUGAAGAGAGAUCACCUGAAGGUGCGCAACCACGUGUGCGAGGAAUGUGGGAAGUCUUUCUUCAAGAAGUUUGAUCUGAAGUCCCACAGGAGAACUCAUACGAAGGAGCGACCCUAUGUCUGUCGAGUUUGUGAUAAGACUUUCUACCAUCAGAGCCAUAUCAUCAGACACGAGAGGAUCCAUUCGGGGGAACGACCGUACUCUUGUGAUUUCUGCCAGAAGACGUUCUCUCAGCUGAGCUCGUUGAGGGUUCAUAAGCAGAGGCAUCAGAAUGAGACUAGGAUGGAUAUCUUGGAGUAUCAGAAUAAUGAGGACGAUCCUAUGGCAUUGAACAGUUUUUGAUGUUGUGGAUUGAUUAUCAGAAGUGGAUUUUUUGGAAUUAAUUUGGGAGUUUAGUUGGGGAGGAAACAUAGUGAGUUUUUAUUAUUUAUUUGUUUUAUUUUCUUCUCUCAUUCAAAAAUUUAAGCAGGAAAAGUUGAAAAAUUUGAGCUCAGAGAUUUUUAUAAAAAAUAUCUCAAUAGAAUUAUUUGUAUAGAAAAAUUGAAUUCUAGUAAAUUUUUCCAUAAUCUUUUUCAUUAGACAUUUCAAUAGAAUCGGUCAAAAAUUAAU